AUGACGGAUCGCCAGGGCCAACGGUUCCCAAAAAAAACUGAAAUUCAAAUUGGGCGCCCGGAAUUCUACGCCGGCAUUGCGCACGCGCGCAAACUGCGGCGCCGGUGGGCCGGGAGUGCGCACGCGCCCUGGGAGCGGUUUGGUCAAGGUGCGGGCGCGGGUCUGCGCAUGCGCAAACACCGCAGAGGGAAAUUUGAAAUGGCGAAUGGGUCGGAGCCUGGAGUUCGUGAGGCGGCGGGUCCGGAGCCCGGGGUGGACCGGCCGGGGGAGGGAGCGGGUCCGGAGCCCGGGGUGGACCGGCCGGGGGAGGGAGCGGGUCCGGAGCCCGGGGUGGACCGGCCGGGGGAGGGGGCGGGUCCGGAGCCCGGGGUGGACCGGCCGGGGGAGGGAGCGGGUCCGGAGCCCGGGGUGGACCGGCCGGGGGAGGGAGCGGGUCCGGAGCCCGGGGUGGACCGGCCGGGGGAGGGAGCGGGUCCGGAGCCCGGGGUGGACCGGCCGGGGGAGGGAGCGGGUCCGGAGCCCGGGGUGGACCGGCCGGGGGAGGGAGCGGGUCCGGAGCCCGGGGUGGACCGGCCGGGGGAGGGAGCGGGUCCGGAGCCCGGGGUGGACCGGCCGGGGGAGGGAGCGGGUCCGGAGCCCGGGGUGGACCGGCCGGGGGAGGGAGCGGGUCCGGAGCCCGGUGUCAGUGAGUUGAAGGGGGAAGAGGGCCCAGAACCCUGGGGAGGACAGGAAGCGAGGGCAGUGUCAGUGUCUGAAGCGAAGCCGGAGUGUCGCAGUGUGAUGGGUCCCGGGAGGCGCUCCAGUGGCGGGGCGCGGGUAGAGGCAGAGCUGCCCGUGUUGUUCCCGGGCCAGGUGACUCGGAAGAGCUGCUGUCGCCUUGUAUGUGAGCUGCUGAAACAUGUCCUCUACCAGAGGCAGCAACUGCCGCUCCCCUACGAUCAGCUGGCCUUCUUCACCAAGAGAGAAUGCCGCCCGGAUGACUGUUCUGUGUUAUCACGAUCAAUAAGAAAUGAACAAAAUAACUGCAAGAAAUCUCAGAGGAUGCUGCUGGAGCUGGAUGAGGUUUUCCAGAAUUUAGAGGCAAUGUUUAUGUUGACACUUGUUCCUUGUGUGCACAUCCUAAUGGGUGGCAGUGUCGUCAAUCCAAAAGAAAUGUACGAGAUCAACAUGGAGCAAGUUGCUUUUGGCAGCACUGAGGAGAGCCUAAAAACAAUCUCCUGCAUCCGUCAACUUUUUCAUGCACUCUUUAUCAAAGAUCUCUUCAAUGAGUUGAAAUCUGUUCCUCUGAUGAACACUGUGCUGCUUGUCCGAGGUCACAGGAAUUGUGGGACACAAUGGUUUCGACCCAAGCUGAACUACAGGGUUCCAAACCGCACCAGGAAGCUGAUUAUUAGCUUGGCCUGUGACACCAUGAGUUUAACUUCAGCGGAGGAGCAGAGACCAAGCUAUAACAGUGACGAUUAUAUCUGGUUUCAAGCACCUAUAACGAUCAAGGGAUUUCAAUAUCAAUAAUAAUCCUAGCUGCGUCUUUUUACAGUAAUAGUAUGGUUUUAAACAAGGCUUGUGCUUGGGCAGCUUCUUGUGCCAGUGGGGACGGCAUAAUAUUGCUGCUGUAAAAACUUGAAUUUUUUGGGAUGAUCCUUCCUAAAUAAUAAAUGAAAGCCAUUUUUGCAACACACCUCCUGAUUAGAGGUGUGCAAUGUUUGAUUGCCACCCUGGGCAGGAAUACUGAUUUUUUUUUUAAACAUGGAAAGUAAUUGUAAUUACCUAAUAUCUGAUUUAAGUCCUUGCUUGCUGAGCAGCAGUAGCACUGGAACAUCCAUGCUGAAGUGAAGUAAUGAGCUUGGUUACCUAUUUUGGAAUGCUAUCCAGAGGGUAAGAUUGGGCUCAGCUUUGAAACCCCAACCCCUCUCAAUAAUUAUUGUGAGGAGUGGGUCCUUGACUAAAGCACUAAAGGGAUGCUGCUGCCUAAGGACCAAUCAUAAGAACAUUUUUGGAUGCGAGAUGCUGCCCUAAGAGGUUUCUCUUUAUACUGCAUUUAAUAACUACAUAAGAAAAGCUUUCAACUUGGUGAAAAGUCAUUGUGAGACAUUGUAUUUUCAUCCAGUUUUCAAAUGGUGCUCAAAAUCAGUGCAUUUAUUUUUGAAAUUUCAAAACAUAGAAAAUAAACUUAUUUAUCAAAGUACCCAUGCUUAAGUGAAAGUUAAUUGGCUUCACUCCUGAACUUGUAGCUUGAGUGUAGGUCAAGAAGAUGGCAAAAUCCAUAGCUCCAGCUAAGACAGCUGACUUAGAGAACUGGAUUGUAAUAUGAGCACAUUGAACAUAAACAGAAGUAGAUGGGAUUCUGCAAAAUGGGAAGUGCUGAUUUUUUUUCUUUAGUAAUUAUAGUGGUUAAUCAUAAGGAACAGAUAUUUAAAAUUUUGUUCAGCACUUUAAGAGAAUGCAAGUUCAUAUUUUUAAAAAAAACAAAGACUGAAGCAGUUACUUGUUGGGGAGAACUAAAGACAGAACUAGAAUUUUCCAGGGGCAUGUUUGUCUCAAAUGACUCCAAGGUCCAUUGACAUCAUAUGAGAGCAGGUUGGUGACGAGUCAGCAUGAUUUUUAUGCAUGAUUUUGGUUUCCAAGCUGAGACAAUUGUGUAAAUUAGGAAUCUAUAAUUAACAUAAUUCGCAAUUUUUUUUAGAUUUCUAGUUUAAGUCAAUUAAACAAUAUAAAAGUUUUAUUUGAGUAAAGGUAAAUCUUAUUAAUGGAAUGCAAAUGUUGCUGGCAAGGACAGCAUUUAUAGGCCAUCUCCUAGACCAAAUGGCUUACCACAUCAGAGAGCAGUUAAGAGCCAGCCAUAAUGGUGUACUUGAAGUUGCAACAGGUAAGGAUGAGAAAUUCCCUUUCCUGAAGUAAAUUAGUGACACCCCAAAACUUUUCCACCAAAUGUAGAGAUGGAGUCGUCUUCCCAGGGUGGAAAUGUCAAAUAUUAGAGGGCAUAGGUUUAAGAUCAGAGAGGGAAAGUUUAAAGGAGAUUUGCGAGGCAAGUUUUCUUUAUACAGAGUGGUAGGUGCAUGCUGCCAAGGGAGGUGGUAGAAGCAGAUAUGAUAGCAACGUUUAAGAGGCAGUUAAACAGAUGGGGAAUAGGGGGAUAUGGAUCAUGUGCAGGUAGAUGGGAUUAAUUUAAUUUGGCAUGGUCUGUGCAGACAUGGUGGGCUGAAGAGCCUGUUUCUAUGGUAUACUUUUCUGUUUUGUCUGCAAGGGACAAGUCCAGAGUCCAAUGGAGUAGCCUUCACUUAUCCAGUUGAGUGCAGCUCCAACUACACUCGAAGUUUGACACCAUCUAGGACAAAGGAGCCUGCUUGACCGAGAGAGACAGAAUGGCAUGUUAAGGGUGGUGUUGAAUUUGACUGUUUGUUUUAAGUAGUAUUUUUUUUAACAUGUAUAGUGUUUAAUACACCUCAAGUGGCUGCACAAGGAAUGGCCGCUUCCUAGCUUAUUGGUUUGUCCAUCAGGUGAAUGUGUUUUCUCAUUGGUUGGUUUUGCCACAGGUAUCUAAUAGGUUUCCUGACUGGACUAUUGUUAGCUAAGGAGUACCUCUUAUCUUGGGUAUAAAAGGUGUCAUUCUCUUGUCUCCUUCUCUCUCUUACUUAUCUCUCUUGCUCUCUUCUCCCCCAUCCCUGGCCCUAGCUCAUCUUUAGUUCCUUUUGUCUCGGCUCAUCUCCUUGUAGUAAAGCUAGUGCCAUGUGCUCUGUGACUGUUUCUUUGUUUUAAACUUUUCCAA